UUCUUUGAUAUGUCAGUGAAAUGCACAACAAAAGGAAAGUUUUGUUCACAAUUCCCCCUUGCUUUUACAAAUGCUGCUGGAAAUUACCUUAAGGCAGAAGGCUCACCCAACAUUUGGAGUUCGCUUUUUUGGUCAUUUGGCUUCUAGGCUUAAUAUUAGCAACAUGGUGGCUUCCGGGAGCUUUUUUGAAAAAAGCUUUUCUCUUCUACCCACACAGUCUUAUUUGAGUCCCUUAGUCAGUCCGUAAGCAUGUUUGGAACAGUCCCCAGUGCUCUCUGCAAGGGCUCAUAUUGCAGAACUGUCACAUAUGGGCAUUUGUAGUUAUAAAUACUUGACCAGUCUCCAGGGGUGGGGCUUCCAACCCUUUAAACAACCCCGUGGCCCGUUAUCAAGCUGUUUGCUCCAAGUGCCGGAAUUGGUUGUGGGAGGCCCUCUGUAGCUGAGAAGUAAGUAAAAUGGAACAUAAUGGGUCUGCUUCAAAUGCUGGUAAGAUCCACCAGAACCGCCUGUCGGGUAUGGCCGAAGAUGAAGACCAAGACGCUGCCCUCACCAUCGUGACGGUGCUGGACAAAGUUGCCACCAUCGUGGACAGAGUGCAGGCGAGCCAGAAGAGAAUAGAAGAGAGGCACCGGGUGAUGGAAAACUCCAUCAAGUCGGUCCAGAUCGACCUGCUGAAGCUUUCGCAGUCACACAGCAACACAGGCUAUGUCAUUAACAAGUUGUUUGAGAAAACCCGAAAAGUCAGUGCUCACAUUAAGGAUGUGAAGGCCCGCGUGGAGAAGCAGCAGGUUCACGUGACGAAAGUGGAAACGAAGCAAGAGGAGAUAAUGAAGAAAAACAAAUUCCGGGUGGUGAUAUUCCAGGAGGAGAUUCGGUGUCCAACAUCCCUGUCUAUUGUUAAAGACAAAAACAUAACUGAGAAUCAAGAGGAGGACGAUGAGGAUGUCUUUGAUCCCCCAAUAGAUCUGUCUUCAGACGAAGAAUAUUACGUUGAAGAAAGCAGAUCCACGAGGCUUAGAAAGUCAGGCAAGGAGCGCAUUGAUAAUAUCAAAAAGGCAUUUUCCAAAGAAAACAUGCAGAAGACACGGCAGAAUUUUGACAAGAAAGUCAACAGAAUGAGAACUAGAAUAGUGACCCCAGAGAGGAGAGAGCGGCUAAGGCAGUCAGGAGAGAGGUUGAGGCAGUCCGGAGAGAGGCUGAAGCAGUCAGGGGAAAGAUUUAAGCAAUCUAUUUCUAACGCAGCUCCAUCGAAGGACGCUUUUAAGAUGCGUGGCCUUCGGAAAGCUAAAGGAGGAACGGUUGCCAAAGGUCCAGAAGAGGUCAGGGAGAUGGGCGUGGACAUCAUUGCCGGGAGCCAGUCUCUGGGCCCCAUCAGUGAGCUCUAUGGCAAUGAGCUCAGUGAAACAGACCAUGAGGAGGCCAGGGUGGUGCAUCCUCCCAGUGAAGGGGAGGAAAUCCCAACUCCUGAACCUUUAAGAGUUACUUUUAAACCCCAGGUGAGAGUAGAUGAUGAAUCUCUUUUGGUAGAUUUAAAGCAGUCUUCAUAGGGAGAAAUUAAGUAUAUUUUCAGUGUAAAUCACCUUAAUCAUGCAGUUCUAGUUUAAGUAGUAUAGUCACUUAACCUUUAUAGGCCAUUUAGGAAACAAUAAAUGGUAUGAUUUUUAUUUCUAUGUUUAAACUCAGAAAGGCAAUACCAAUAUUAUAUACACUUCCUAGUAACUUCCUUGGGGCUUCGUUCUUCUCCUCCAGGCUUAUAAGAUUCUAGCAGCAUCCUCUCAUGUCAUUCUCAUGGCAGCUGUGGAUUCUUAAAAGUUUUUUUCUCUUGCACACCAGAAAAAUAGUUUCCUAGAGAGGGCCAGUUAGGUGUUUAGUAGUUGGGCAGAUUUGUGGCCAUGAUUUGCAAGUGAACUUUCAAUUUUGGUCUAGAUUUAAGGGGAUGGCUGACCUCAAAGGGGAUUAUAUCAUCCAUAUGUUCAAAUCAACAGAUUGGUUAGUAAAUUAGCAAUCACACGUCUUUUUUAUGCUUUUGCACGAAGAAUGGAAGUUCUGAAUUGAGCAUUUGGUUCUGGGUCACAGCUGUUCUUACAGUGAGCGCUUGACACGUUGCCUGCUCAUAAGCUCAUCAGUAAAUUGGAGAGGGUAGGCUUGUCCUGCCCAUCUCAGAGCACUGUUGUGAAGAUCCAAGGAAACACUGUGCAUUCUGGGGGAACAAGAAACACAUCCAGUGGAAAUGAGCCCUACUGAUUUCUCAAACACAGAAUCAGACUAAUUCCACCUGAAAAAGUCCUGCAAGCCACGUGGUGAGGACAGAGGUUGGACAGACACUCAAGUUGGUCUUCAAGUCUUUCCACAGAAUCAGCAAUGAAAAAUGUUUAUGUGACAUCUUUUUUUUUUUUUAAUCAAAGAUUAAAAAGAAACCUUGGUUUUGAGUUGGAUCUUAAAUUUUCUUGAAAAGUCUUUUUCUAA